CUAAAAUGAAAAAGAAAAAUCUUAUAUGUUAUAUAAGAAAACCUGUAAUUAUUCAAAAUUAUCUGCUUAAUAUUCUUGCUCAAGCAGCACCUUAGCUGGAUUGGCUGUUUCGUAUUUGUGUGGUUGCUAAGCUCGCUCCCCAGGAGCGGAGUCAAAAUGCCGGACCUUCCGUCGCCGCUACCUGUCACAAUAGCCAGGAGUUGUGUCAACAGUUAGAUGAGAUAGCGUACUCGUGGCAUGUCAGCUCAGGCCGCGUUUUGUCGGCUCAGCUAUUUUGCUAAAAAAAAAAAAAAAAUGCUGGAUGCUACAGCGCACGUGUUAAUUCUGUUAUCAUUGUCCGCGAUGCAGUGUCAAUGGACCGUUAUCAAUAAAUUUAUGUUAGCCUCAUACAUAGCUGCGGCGAACUGUCAUUGUGUGCACGAUGCAUCCGAAUCGACUCGAGGCAGUAAAGAUUAGACAGACGUCACAAAGUAAGAAAGCAGAAAUCAAAUACCAUGUCUUGGACAUCGAGAUUGAUGACCAUGGAGAAGCAGCGUGCAGUACCGGCAUAUGUGAACAGUACCCUGAGGAAAUUAAGCUUUUUCGAUAUAGUGAGAUUCCAGACUUUCUGAAAGGCAACCCAUGGGUAAUUGAUGGCUACCGGGUUUUUCUGCCUUUUGGUCUCUGCGUGAAAAGUUUGUUUGUUUGGAAUAAUGAAACACUUAACAUCUGGUCACAUCUGAUUGGGUUUCUCGUUUUUCUUGUCCUGACACUAUAUGACAAUCUUAUUGCCAUUCCACAUCUCAGAGGGGAGACAAUUGAUCACAUUUAUGUGACAAUUGCUCUUCUUUGCUUCCAGUUCUGCAUGCUGUGUUCCACGGGCUUCCAUAUUUUCUGCUGUCAUUCAGAACGCGCAAGCAGACGCUGGCUGCAGGUGGAUAUGACUGGGGUUUCAAUAGGCAUCAUAGGUUGCUAUAUGCCUGCAGUUCACUAUGCAUUUUAUUGUAUAUCUAUAUGGCGUGAUAUCUACAUUCUUGCCAUCACAGUCCUAACAGUUUCAACACUUUGGUUUCAACUUCACCCAUAUUUCUUCACAGCACGUUGGUAUUACUUGCGCAUGGCAGUUUAUGUUGGCCUGGCAGGUUACGGUAUUGUUCCCACAAUCCAUUGGGUCUACCUUAGUGGUGGAUUUUCCAGCAAGAUUGUGCAGCUUUUCUUUCCCCAAGUCACAACAAUGUAUCUACUGGGAUCACUGGCACUAGCAUUCUACAUAUCAAAAUUUCCAGAGAGGCUGUUUCCAGGCUGGUUUGACUACAUUGGUUCCAGUCAUCAAUGGUGGCAUCUUAUCAUACUUCUGGCUUUCCUGUUCUGGCACAGUUCUGGGAAAGAUAUUCUCAAAUACAGACUUACACAUGGCUGCCCAGCUUAACAGUAAAGUGCUAGUGUCAGAUCCGCAGCUUAAAUCACCUCACUGAUUCACUUAAGGUCCUUGUCGUGCACACAACUUUACCUAAAUGAUUUAUCAUUAUGGUAUCCAUUUCUCAAUAAACAUAGUAUGAUGUUUAUAUGUAUGCCUAAGGGAAUAGUGUAAACCAUUUUUAGUUUUCUUCUGUAUCAAGGCUAAUACUUGAUAAAAAAAAAAAUCAACAGCAUUAGCUAGAGUAUAGCUCAUGCAACCAUUACCUUUGAAUGAAUUAGUUAUUAUUUGAAUUUGGGUGAAACAAAUUGACAAGUCAUUAAAACCUUUUUAGAUUCCAAUAAAAACAUCUUACAACCAUAAGAACUACAUGUAAAUGCAAUUUAAUGGUGUUUCAUUGUAUUAUUCAGAUAGGUAUAUUCAUAAUUAGAUAUAAGUUUAAUAUUUUCUGCAUGCUAAAUUUUCUUUCUGCCAGAAAACAAAGUGGGCCCAACAAACCGUAGGUUACCUAGACUUUCAUUUUAGAGGAGAGUAAAAGGCUACAAAGAGGUUCUGGCUGUUAUUAUUGGGUUUUUUUUUUUCUCAAGCAACUCAGGAAGCGGAGACUGUUAUUUUCAAGCUGAAGUAAUUUUUUCAGGAGUUUUAGUGAAGGUUUAAAAGUGGGUCUGCUCUUGCUAGUCACUACUCUGGUGGAUUUUUCAUUGUUUGAAUUAUGAAAUAGCUCAGAUACCAGAGUACAGGUGUCUGAACCUAGAAGUGCGCAUGCAUUUGGUUCAAUGCCCACUUAGUGCAGCACACUUUCCCCAUUAGUCUACCUGUUCAAUGGGUACCUGAUCCUGUAGAGGCUUGGGGAAGUCAGGUAGCAAGGAAGAGGAGAUAGGCAGCACAAUCAUAAAAGGAUUGCCACUAUAGUAACACCUCACUCCCAAUGACCAAAAGAUUAGGGAACAACCUUUACAUUUUUAAUCUUUUAAAAGGUUAAGCCUUUUGCCUCCAGGAUUUACUUCCCAUUCUAUAUAGCCUUCAUCUUUUUCAAGAAUUGUAAACGUAUCAAAAACUCAAACUACAUUGUUUGAUGAUUUUGGUGUAUACUGAACCCCAAAGAGCAUUUAUUGAUUCGUGGUAAAAUAGCAAUGAUAAUUGUUAAACACUUUGGAAAAAAGCAAUUAGUACUAACUUACAAUACAUACUGUCUCAUUUUGUGAGCAAGAGAAUUGCGUAACUGAUGCAGUUUCCCAAGUUUAAAGUUACUAUUUGCCUUUAAAUAAUAUAAAUUGCAUUCAGGUUUAGGAUCACAAUAUUUUAAUUGCAUACUGAAUUUGUUAAAACUUAUUUAUAUGGCAGGGUGAAGACCAGAAGGGGAGGAAAAUUUUUGUGUUAUUUUCAGAAGAUUCUCUUAGUCUUUUAAUUUUUUUGUGUAACAUAUAUUCUUGUUAUUGCUUUGGCAAAUAUAAUUAACUUAAAACAUUCAUGCAUAGUUUGUUGUAUGCUUAAAUGAUGCAAUUUAAUUUUGACUGCUAAAUUCUCAUGGUCAGAUUAUAUACACAAGGGUUUUAGAAAUCUGAUUGUUUAUGGGAACUUCAUUGGUUUUUUUUUAAACUUAAGUACUGUGAUUUAUAAUAAAGCUGGUUUUUCAUUUUCAAAA